AUGUUCGCCAAAAGCCAUGUCCACAGCCAUCACAAACACCUCAAAUGGUCCAACAAACAACCACCCGUCCUGACCGUCUCGUCCGGUGACGUGGUUACCUUCGACCUGAUCGAUAGCAGCAACGGCCAAAUCACCGUCGACUCCGACACCUCUUCUCUCGAUUCCUUCAAGCUGGAACUCGCCGAUCCUGCCAUUGGUCCCGUAUACAUCCGCGACGCCGAACCGGGCGAUGCACUCAAAGUCGAGGUCUUGUCGCUAGAAACGGGAAACUGGGGUUGGACAGCCGUCGUGCCUGGGUUUGGUCUUCUAGCGGAUGAUUACAAGCAGCCUGAUUUGAAAAUUUGGAAUUUCGACCCCGAGGCUGGGUAUGCCGAGUUGAAACCUGGUGUGCGUGUACCCUUGCGGCCGUUCCUAGGGAUAAUGGGUAUUGCGCCGGGUGCCGAUGGCGAGUUUUCGACUAUUCCGCCUACUGUCGUGGGAGGGAAUAUUGAUUGCCGUGAUAUGGUGGUUGGUUCCGCGCUGUAUCUACCGAUUCAGGUGCCUGGUGCGUUGUUUAGUUGUGGUGACGGCCAUGCAGCGCAAGGUCACGGGGAAGUCUGCGGAACAGCCAUUGAGACGAACAUGAAGGCUAAAAUACGUCUGACGGUCUGUAAGAACCAUCCCUGGGUUCGGUCACCGCAUUUGUCGCUCCCACCUCAGUCGCCCGCCCCAGUCGCGUUUCCGGAUAAAGGGCAAUAUGCUACCAUGGGGCUGGACGCGGAUGUAUUGCAGGCUACUCGCAAAGCGACGCAAUCUAUGAUUGAAUGGUUGGUGGCUACUAAGGGAUUGACACGAACAGAAGCGUAUAUCCUGGCUAGUGUUGCUGGCGAUUUGAAACUUGCUGAGGUUGUCGAUAUGCCGAACCAUGCUGUUACGAUGAGCAUGCCAUUGAAUGUCUUUAUUUAA